AUGCGGGACCUCGUGACGGCCGUCCAGGGCAUCUCCCUGUACUUGGCCGGCCCGCACACCACCCCGCCGGCUGCGGCCCCCACCUACAGCCACCCGAUGACGCACUGGCCGAUCCAGAACGCGUCGGGCCCGAGCAGGAUGCCCCUGCUGCCGUUCCAGGCGGGCUACACCGGCGGGCCCCCACCGCUGCUGCACCUGCCCUGGUACUCGUUACCCGCGGCGAUCGCCGGGGCCCAUCCGUCGCUCCAGCCGCCGCCCGCCCCAGCGCCGUCCUGGCCGCAGUGGCCCGCUCCGGUUCUCACGGCGCCACCCGCGUCUGCAGCGCCCGCCCCAGCGCUGCAGUGGCUGCACUAG